AUGGAGAGCGACGACGAUUACCAGCUAUUGCCUUCCUUUCCCGUCCACGAACGAAAGCUUAAGCGUCUGAAGAAAGCAAAAACGGCUCCUCAUUUUUCUCACCCUACUUCGCCUCCUACCAAUUUUUCUGAAUUGGGAAACUCCAAACAUUUGGAGGAGUCAAUAAAGGGAUCCGGGCUUGAGCCUCAAAGUUUGGGCCUAAGCCCUCAACUCGACACUGUUAAGGACGAUUGUUUGGGUGCGACGAGGGUUCUGGAGUUCGAUUCUGUGGGUGACGAACUUGACGGAAAGGUUGCCGAGGAGAAGGAAGAAGUUGUGGAUCUGAAGAUUGCAGAAGAAGUUGUGGAUCUGAAGAUUACAGAAGAAGUUGUGGAUCUGAAAAUCAGUGAAGAAGCUGUGGAUCUGAAGAGCAGUGAAGAAAUCAAGGGAUUGAAAACCGAAGAAUUAGAGAGAAAACGGCGUAGUUUCGAUGAACUUCCAGAGAAAAAACAGAAGAAGAAAAAGAAGAGAAUCGAGGAUAGUGAUGGCAGUGAGAAGAAGCCUAAGGAAUCUAUGUCCAGUAAAAGAAAGGCCGAAAAGGAAAGACAGGAAACUCUCAGACAGCUUCGAGCUGAGUCGCAGAGGCUUCUUCGAGAAACUAGAGAUGCAGCUUUCAAACCUGCUCCUCUGGUUCAGAAGCCUAUUUCUUCGAUAUUGGAUAAAAUUCGGCAGAGGAAAUUGGAGAUUUUAAAGAAAUCUAGUGCUUCUUUUGAGGAUAAUGAUAAGUUAUUGAAUGAUGAGGAGAUAACUGAUAAGGUAGAAAAGGGUGAACUCGAGGAACCACGAGUUACUUGCCCUGCAACCACCAGGAGUGGUUUAAAUGUGUCACAUAUUGGUGGAUCUAAUGUUGCUGCAGAUAAUUCAAGCUGCAAAAGCAUUCCUUCUCCCACGGUUAUGGAUGUGGAAUCUGAGCAUGUAUUUCGAGCUCCUAUUGAUGAUACUCAGGAACUCUUUUCUGAUUCCCAAGGAAGUGACACUAAAGACGACGAUGUAAAUGAGAAGUCUAAUAACCUUUCAGAAGAAAUGUUUGCCCCAUCAAUGCUUUCAAUGAAUUUGAAACUCGAUUCUGCUCCUCCUGAUGAUGAUGAUGAUAUCUCUUCCGAUGAGGAGGACAAUGACAAGGAGAACAUAGAUCCGCAUUUACAUGGAUCAGUUGAUUUGACUUUACCACCAAGCGGUGACCCUGUUAAGGCUUUCGUUGAUGAAGAAGCGGAAGAGGAGGAUGACAGUGAUAAUGACCUACAGCGUUUCCAAGAUAAUGAAGAAGGCGAAGAUAAUGAUGAUAUUGAGGAACUUGAUGACAUGAUUGCAACUGAAUAUAAAGAAAAGGCAAUUGAUAGAGAAAAGCGUGACCAACUCCACCAGCAGUGGCUUGAGCAGCAGGAUACAGCUGGAAUGGAUAAUCUACUCCAGAAACUUAAUUGUGGUUCAAAAUUGAAAGAAACAACAUCAAUUGAAGAAGAAGACGAGGAAAGCAGAGAAUCUGAAAAUGAAUCUGAUGAUGAGGCUGAAGAAUACAUUGCUCCAUCAGAAGCUAUGAAGAUCAAUCUGAAAAAGGUGAAGCAGAUGAUCCCACUGAUGUAUACAGAUAAAGAUGAUAAAUAUGUAUCAUCUGAUGAUGAGGAAACUGAGGAGAAGCUAACUAGACAAUACCUCUAUCAUAAAACUGUGAGUUCUCACUUCCCAGCUACCUUAAUGCCUACUGAACUUUAUGACCUCUUUCAUAAAUGUUUGUCGAAGCUUACUACUGUGGUCUUUGUUUUGGCUGAACAGGAAGAGAAAACUAAAUUCUUUUCACCAGCUGAGGAUGAAAGCAGCAGGGAAGUUUUCAGUCUCAUAAAGAAAUUGAAUGUUGUUCCCGAAACCAAGAGAAAAGGAAGACCUACUUCCAUCUUUGAUAUGCCGCGCAUUGGACAGAAUAUUAAUAUAUCAUCAAAGUCAUCUUUUCUUGGUCGGGCGUCCAAUCAUUUCAUGCAUACUUCUCAAAAGCAUGGAUCAAGCAAAGUCCGAUCUUUUAUAUUUGAGCGAGAUGACAGCAACAGCAGGACUUCAGUAUCGAUGCCAGAGGAUUCUUCAGAUACGAUUCAAAAGGAGAGUCAACCACCAAAAGCUGUUUCUGCCAAGUUCCAAAGAAAUACACAGAACAAAUAUACCUCCACCUUGAACUCCGCAUCUCAAAAAUCAACUGUAUCGCUUUUGGAGAUAUUAAGGAGGUCUUCACGUCAUGCAGAACACUUUGUGCAGAAUGCCACAGUUCAAGCAAAGGGAUCGGUAUUUGAUGCAUUCAAGUUAGUGAAAAAGCCAAUUAAGACGGAGGCAAGAAUAUGA